GACCUUCCUCUGCCCCCGCUGCCGCUUGGCGUUCAGAUCCCGACCGUUGCUGCGGGUGCACAUGGAGAAGCUGUGCCUCGGGCCCACUGCACCCAGCAGCUCCUGCCUCCAUGGGGGGGAUCCUCUGCCUGUGGAGGGAGCACAGGGCACGGCAAGGAAAACACAGGACAUGUCGGUCGGAGCAUCCCAAAAUACGGACAACGCUGAGCCAUGCCCUCACUUUGUGCCUCGUGGGGUCCCACCAGCUGUGCUGGGACAGCAGGGACCAGGGCGGGCACGGGAAGCUCCCCUGGGGGAUGUGCUGACCCCCCGUGAGAGGGCCCUGCUCCGCACGGCCAACCCCCCGUCUAGGAGGCUGCCAGUGGAGGUACGGUGAAUCCCGAAUGCCAGGGCGGGCAUCAGCAGCCCCAGGGCUGGGGGCCAGCCCCUCCUUCCCGGUGAACGCCGUGUGCCGCAGGGAGAGCCCUCCCGGCAGCCGCUCCCACUGCAGGGACAGCGGCAGCCGCCGCAGGAGCUGCUGGAAGCCCACGAACGCCAGGUGGCCGAGAUCCGGGCCAGGACCCGGCAGCUGGAGCGGCAGAGAGAGGGGCUGUGCCGGCGGCUGGCGACACUGGGGGCCAGGGCUGAGCAGGGGGAGCCCGAGCCGAGCCAAGGCCCGCGGGACCAGGCUGGACAGGUCCGAACAGCACCCCACAGGGCUACCCUCCACCUCGACACCCUCCUGCCACCCGCAGGGCCGCUCACAGCUGAGGCCAGGGCACUGCGAGUGUCCUACCUGCGCCGGGGGACGAGACCCGACCAUCCUGGACCAGCUUCUCCACCUCCAGCUCGAGGCCACGGUGCUGGAGAAAGGAACGGCGAGGCUGCACAGGGGCAGGCAGAUGGAGACCCCCGGCACUGGCACUCACGGUCUGGAUGCAGCGCUGCUGGCUGUGGAGCUGGAGAAUCGGCGUCUGGAAGACGAACUGUUGGCCCUGAAGGAGCCCCCCGGGCCAACAGUGGGGCCUGGCAGACCCACAGCCCAUGUGCCCCCCAGACUGCCCCUCACCCCCUUUGUGACCCUGGAGGACCCUCCUCCUGCUCAGGAGCCCCCAGCACAAGACAGGGCUCCCCAAAGGUGA